GUGAAGAGAACACUCGCUGCUAACAACAACAACCAAGGGAGCCCGUUGUACACUCAAGUCAUUGAUGCGUUUCUGUCUCCUGGAGGAGUUUUUAAACAGACAUGGCUCUACCGCCUCAGCUCAAAGCCAUCCAGCACCACCUGCGGACCGCACAGGAACACGAGAAACGGGACCCGGUCGUCGCGUACUACUGUCGGCUGUACGCCAUGCAGACCGGCAUGAAGCUGGACAGUAAAACUCCAGAGUGCCGGAAGUUCCUGGUCAAGCUCAUGGACCAGCUGGAGACGAUGAAGAAGGAGCUGGCUGACAACGACUCCAUCAGCCAGGAGGUGGUCGGUAACGCCCACAUCGAAAACUACGCCUUAAAGAUGUUCCUCUACGCCGACACCGAGGACCGGGCCGCCCGCUUCCACAAGAACAUGAUCAAGUCUUUCUACUCCGCCAGUCUGCUGCUGGAUGUCUUGUCUGUGUUCGGGGAGUUGUCGGAGGAGAACAUCCAGCACAGGAAGUAUGCCCGCUGGAAGGCCACCUACAUCCACAACUGUCUGAAGAACGGAGAGACGCCUCAGGCCGGGCCCAUCGGCAUGGACCAGGACGGGGAAGCAGACGAGUACGGAGCUGAAGGUUCCUCGGGUCAGGGUUUCUCCCACAUGGGCUCCUUCAGGGGCGGGCCUUCCUCCGGGUCCUUCGAGGACCAGGACCCGAGUUUGGGUCCGGGUCCAGCCCCAGGGAUCGGCUUUACUCCGGGCCCAGGAUCGGGACCAACGGGCCCACCAACUACAAACUUCAACAACAUCCACAUCCCGCCAGGAGCCCACGCACCGGCCAACACUCCCGCUGAGCUGCCUCCACCCACAGCAGAAGCCGUGAAACCGGUGCCUCUUCCCAGAUCAGUGCCCACUGUGGACCCCACACUGAUCCAUGGCCAGCAGCAGGGCGGAGUCCACCUCACCCCCGAGGACUUCACCAAGGCCCAGAAGUUGUGCAAGUACGCCGGCAGCGCGCUGCAGUACGAGGACGUGGGCACGGCCGUGGACAACCUCCAGAAAGCCCUGAGGCUGCUCACCACCGGCAAAGAAUGAAGCCUUUGUCCUCCUCCCAUCUCAUCCCUCCAUCCCUCCCUCCCUCCCUCUCUCCUUCCUUACUUACUUCCUUACAUCUCGCUUCUUUUCUCCGCAGCAGCGUUGCUCUAUCUGUCACUGAUCUGGCCCACGGCGAGCUGAACACACAGGCACGAAUACACACACACACACACACACACACAGGCGCACACACACACACAGGCACUGACACACACAUA